AUGGAGGUGUUGGUUGCUGCGCCAGACUCCGAGGCCCAGCCCGUCGAGUGCCCGUCCCCGGCAUCCCCGGCGUCCCCGGCGUCCCCGGUGCCCGCCCCGGCACGGCCUCGACCCUCGUAUGGACCCAGCAACUCUGCUCGGCGGGCAAAUCGCCACCGAGGGACCUCUGGACAGGAGCCGUCCCCAAGUGGGAGCCCGUCAAGGCCCAGCACUGCACCACCUGAACUCAAGAAUCUCCUGACGAGCACGCCACGGUCAAACCGUCAGGCCUGCCCUCAAGAGAAGCCCCACGAGAAGGGAGAAAGGCCCCAGGGGUAUCAGGCUGUGUCACCAGCCACACGGCCUCGGAUGGAACAUUCCCCAGCCAAAACUCGAGUUCAGGACCACUCGCCUCACUCACCGACCAAGAACCUGCUCAGCACCCCAAGUACCUUGACCGCCAGCGCCAAGGCUCUGGCCCCGAAGACCACCGUACCACGGGACUAUGCGCGGGCCCGGUCACAGAGCACACCGAAGCGGAAGGGUGACACCUUCGACCUCGCCCGCUUCACAGAUGCUCAGAAGGAUGGCGACACCUUCGACCGGGCCCUCAAAGAGAUCCAAGCGGGCCGCAAGACGUCUUGCUGGAUGUGGUUCGUGAUCCCCUCGCCCCCGCACAUGAAGAACAACAUCGAGCACGGAAGCAGCCUCAACCGUAAGUACGCCAUCAGGUCUGAUGAGGAGGGCAAGGCCUGGUUGAACUACGAGGCGGACGGCGUGGACUUGCGCGCCAACUACUUUGCCAUCCUCGAGGCCCUUUGUGAGCACCUGGUGGCGGGGAAAGCGGCGCGGUCGGUGAUCGGCAGUUUUGACGAGCCGAAGCUGGCCAGCUCAAUCUUAUUCUUCGAGCGGCUCUCUCGCAACGAUGACAAUGAGCUGAACACUUUGCUCGUGCCUUUGCAUCGGCAGAGAGUGCCUGUGCAAGGGGACGAUGACCGAAUUUCGUACAAGAGCGUCUACUUUGGGUCAGUCACGGUGGGCUCUCCAGAGCAGAAAUUUGCAGUAGUCUUUGACACUGGCUCUGGUCACGUCAUCAUUCCUUCGAGCGAGUGCCACAGCGAGACCUGCCAGAUCCACAACCGAUACAAUAGAGAGGCUUCUUCGGCCGCAGUCGAUGUCGACUAUGAUGGAUCCCCUGUGCAAGCAGGAGCCCCACGGGACCAGAUCACCGUGGCCUUCGGCACAGGGGAGGUGACAGGGCAGUUCGUGCAAGACAGGCUUUGCCUCGGCUCACAUGGAGCUGCCAAGCCUGCCGCACCACCAGCGUCACCUUCCUACACGGAGCCCUUGCUCCUGGUUCAAUCCGGAGAAGCCGAGCUGGGUCGAACUCCCACCACGCAGAAAGGUCAGGCAAAAGCACCUGGCAACGCAUCCAAUACGAUGUCGCUCAGUCAGGCUCUAAAUUGCGUGGACCUCCGAGUGGUCAUGGCCACGGAGAUGACGGAAGAGCCUUUCCACGCCUUCUCGUUCGAUGGAGUGCUGGGCCUUGGGUUGGACAGCCUGGCAUUGGCACCGGAGUUUAGCUUCUUCGGGAUGAUGGCCAAGCAGGUGACCCUGGAGCAUCGCAGCUUCGGCGUGUUCUUGGCAGACACCGACGCGGAGGUCAGUGAGAUCUCCUUUGGUGGCUCCUCGGAGGACAAAGUGGCCUCUCCCAUGACUUGGGCGCCCGUGGCCCUGCCGGACCUGGGCUACUGGCAGGUCGAAAUCAAGGCCAUCCGCAUUGGCGACAGGAUCUUAGACUAUUGCGCUGAUGGCCAGUGCCGGGCAGUUGUAGACACCGGCACUUCGCUCCUCGCAGUUCCGGAAGACUUUGCAGAAGGCCUACAGGAGGCCCUCGAGCGUCGACUGGAAGAUCCAGAUCAAGGCCCCGACGGAGGUGUAGAUUGCCUCCGUGCCCGCGGGGAGCCCCUCCACUUCGAUGUCGAGGGCACCACCUUGACCCUAGAGCCGGGCGACUACUCGCGCCAGGCAGUGCAUGCCGAGGAUGAGCUGGCGGACAGCUCUGAUGAGCCGAAGGAUGAGCCUAGCAGCCCUCCAGCAGAGAAGGCUGCGGCUUCCGGUGCCAACAGCACUCGGCCCACCUGCCAGCCCACGAUCAUGCCCCUGGAGCUUCCUGAGCCCUUGGGCCCGAAGCUUUUCAUUUGGGGCGAGCCCGUGCUGCGCAAGUACUACACCGUGUACGACUGGCAAGAUCAGCAGAUCGGCUUCGCACUCGCCAAGCACAUGCCCAGCGAGGUUUCCGCGGACGAAGAGGCGAAGCAACUCCGGGGCCGUGGACUUCUCUUUGCAUGA